AUGAGUCAAACAACAGCAGAGAAUCAAGAAGAUAAAGCAUUACCGGGAACAUUAAUUCAACCUGUUUCCGAUAUUUUGGCUCACGAUGAACAUUCUGACCAUCAUCUCCAUCAUUAUCAUCAUCGUUAUUCACUCAGCUACGCUCCAGCUUCAUUAGUUGAGCUUCAUAUUCAUCUCGACGGAUCUUUUCGUCAUACAACAUUAUUCGAAUUGGCACAAGACAAAGGCAUUCAGCUCCCAAAUGGAAUGGAAACAACGUUAGAAAAUUUCAUGCCAUACAUUUGUAUUCAAUCAGCGUGUCGAUCGCUUGCUGAAUUUCUCGAGAAAUUUCCUUUCUUCACACCGAUUGUUGCGGGAGAUAGUGACGCACUCGAACGUGUCGCAUACGAAUUCGUCGAAGAUCAGGCAAUUCAAGGUGUACUCUACACCGAAACACGAUACAAUCCACAUUAUUUUACUGCUGAUAAACUCACACCGGAGCAGGUCGUUCAGGCAAUAAAUAAAGGUCUUCAUCGUGGAAUCAAAGAGUUUUCGGUUGACGUUCGAACGAUUUUAUGUUGUAUACGACAACAUCCCGAAUGGUCAAUGGAAGUUGUUGAUUUAGCAGAAAAAUAUCGUUCAGCAGGUGUAGUUGGCAUUGAUAUCGCUGGUGACGAGCACAAUUAUCCAAUAGCUCCCCAUGUACCUGCAUUUAAACGUGCUCAACAAUUGGGAAUCCAUCGUACAGUCCAUGCAGGUGAAACAGGUUCAGCUGAAUCUGUUCGCGAAGCAAUUGAACUCUGUCACGCUGAACGCAUUGGUCACGGUUAUGCCAUCAUCGACGAUCCAUCUGUGUAUAAUCUCGUUCGUCAUCAUGAUAUUCAUCUAGAAUGUUGUUUAACGUCUUCCAUUCAAACAAAUGCCAUCGCUAAAUACAUUCCGCAAGAUAGCGAAAUGAGCGAGAAACACUUCGUUAUCAAUGGUCACGAAACAAAAACCAAAUUACAUUCGCACGUUCGCUCAAGAAAAGAGAUCUGGCAUCCGAUUCAUCAUUUCGCUCGUGAUAGCUUGAAUUUUUCUUUGUCAUGUGACGAUCCAUCGGUUUUACAGAUAACGAAUGAACAUGAAAACGAACAUGCACUCUCAGAUUUGAAGUUAUCACCUGCACAAUUAACGCAAUGCGUGUUCAAUGCAGCUCGUUCCACAUUUUUGAAUGAUCAAGAGCAGAAAAUCUUAAUUCGCCGUUUACUAUCGAAUUAUAUUCCGCAUCAAGUCCGGGAAAAACAUAUGUAA